AAUGCCAAAAACAAUUUACCCACCUACAUGGGUACAAUGCCGAUAAGACCUGGUCCUAGUCGAUAAGAGUAUAGCAUUAAGUGCAAUAGAUAAUAAAUUGGUGUGAUUGAAAAUAAACAAAAAGGUGCAUUCUAAUAAUAGGUGACUUAAAUAGAAAGAUGGUAAUUGAACAAGAUGAAAGUGAUAGUUUUAAACAGAGAAAAGGAAUUGCUAUGGAUAUCCUACCAAAAUACACUGGUGUGCCAACAGAUGAUGAGAUUAAACCAAAAGAAAAGCCUUGGCAAAGGGUACUAUACGAAAUGUCGAGGAAAGGGAAACAUUUGUACGAAGCAGUUGACGCCAUACCAAGUCCGUAUAUAGUCCUGUUGUUGGGUGCAUAUUUCUUACUAGGAUACCUGACGCAGCUGGUGGAAGAUGAGUUGCCGACGCCGCUCCGAGAUUCAGAUAUUAACCGAGACACAACAGACAGAGUCAGCGAGGAGUCGUCGUGGAGAUAUCUAUACGAGAUAAUGGGUGAGGAGCCCAGGGUCUGCGGCACGGAAUACCAUCUAAACAAGACCAGGGACAUGAAGGCGAUAGUGGACCGCAUAGCUGUCAAUGCCAACCAGAAUGUUAGGACUGACUGGCAGAUUGUCACAGGAGAUUACUUCUUAAAGUCAGCGGCGCCAUUUGUCAGCUACUACGACCGCGCCUCCAACAUUGCAGCGCUGUUGGAAGGAGAGAGUGGUUUCCAUGGCAACGGCACCAUAGGCAGUUCGAUCCUCGUCAACUGCCAUUACGAUUCUGUACCGUAUGCCUUGGGGGCAUCAGACAACGUGAUAUUUUGCGCCGCGAUGGCCGAGACUUUAGCGAGGAUGUCCAAGAGGAUCAAGAAGCUCAAACACAACAUCAUAUUCCUGUUCAACGGCGCCGAGGAGAAUCCUUUACAGGGUAGCCACGGCUUUCUCCAGCAUCCUUGGUCUAAGGGUGUGACGACGCUCGUAAACUUGGACUCCGCUGGGAGCAACGGGAAGGCCACUAUAUUUCAGGUGACUGACCCGAGGAUCCUGAGCGCCUACAAGGCGGCCGUGACCCGGCCCAGCGCUCAGAGCCUGGGGGAGUUCCUCUUCUCCUCAGGGGUCAUACCGUCCGAUACGGAUUUCAGGAUAUUUAGAGACUUCGGAGACAUUCACGGUGUUGACAUAGCGUUCACGAAGUGGGGCAACCUGUACCACACCAGGUUCGACCGCCCGGAGUACAUCCGGCCGGGCGUGCUGCAGUGGGCCGGGGACAUGCUGCUGGGUCUCCUCACCCAGCUGGCUGACCGGGACGACAUCGGACACAAGGUCCCCCCUGUCGGCGCCGUGUACUACGACUACCUCAACUGGUUCGUGGUGUGGCAGUCGCCGGCGCUGUCCCUCCUGGUGGACGCCGCCGCGAUCCUGGCCGCCCUCGUCAGCACAGCGCACUACGUGUGGCUCGUGGGGCCUCGGUUGUCAACGGUGCGUGAGCUGGCGUGCGCCGUGGCGGGUCGGGUGGCAGCCCUGCUGAUCGGGGCGGGGGUGGCGGGUCUAAUCACCCUGCUGAUGGUGGCCACCACGGUGCAACUGCGGUACCUAUCUCGACCCUGGCUGGUGGUGGCGCUGUACUGGGUGCCGUAUCUGGUCAGCGCCGUGACCGCGUCCCACCUGUAUGACUCCUGGAGGAGCCGCAAGAGCGGAUUGAACAGAUCGAUUCGCACCUUACAAGCCAUGACCGGCACCCGGGUCGUGCUGACAGUGCUAUUGUCAGUGUCGAUGUGCGUGCCGAGCUUGGCGACGGCGCGCUACGCGCUGAGCGUGCCGCUGCUGAUGACGUCCGUAACGUCACUGGUGACGUCAUCCGUCGUCCGAACCGUCCGCCUGAAGGCCUACCAACACCUAGUACUGGAGUGCGUGGUGUCGCUGCCGUGCGUGAUGUUCACGAUGAGCCUGGCGCUGCGGCUGAACGCUCUGCUGCUGCCCACGGUCGCGCGCUCGGCGUCUGCGAAUCCCGACCUGGUCGUGGCCGCCGUCAAUGUCGCCCUCGCCGCCGUUGUCAGCGCCGCCGUGUCCGGGGUGGAGCUACUGUUCUCGAGGCGGCGCCUGUGGCUGUCCCUGGCGGGGCUGGGCGCCGCGGCCGCCGCCCUCGCCCUGACGCCGCUGGAGCCCUACGCGGUCUCCGUCCCCAGCGUGCAGAGGCACUACUGGUUUCACACACAAAUAACGACAUAUAAUAUAAACGGCGAACAAACAGAUCAGACCACUGGAGUCUUUGUAUCGAGACAGGACGCCUACACCACGGAGCGAGUGUUGCAAGCUCUAAAAACUAAAGGGAUACACCUGAACACGCGGACUGAUUUUGAGGAGGAUUGUGAGAGGCACGUCUACUGCAACCUGCCGCUGUACAGGCCAUCAUUCGCCAGGAACCUGGCUAGAGGCUUGUUCCUGUACACGGGGGGGCCCACCGCCACUGACCCCCCCGCGGGCCUGAAGCUGUCCUCCCGCAGCUGCGUUGGAGACACUUGUGUCUACAGCUUUACGAUGACCGGGACAGCACAUAACCUGAUAACGCUACUGCCCUCGGAGGGGGUCACGCUGACGGGGUGGACGCUGUCGUCCCCCGCGUCCCCCUCUACGCAGUGGGGGGGCAGGCCGCUCUACGUCAUAUUUCAUUCGGUGGCCACCUACACGGAACCCUUUGAACCAUUUGUCUUCAACGUAACUCUAAACGUGGGGGCGGCGCUGGGUGGUGGGGAGGCGCUGCGGCUGUCCCUACACGCGCACCGCCUCCACCAUCCCCACCAGUACUCGGCGGAGUACGCCGCGCUGCUCCACUCCAUGCCAGACUACUUCAACGUGGCCAGCAUCCUCACCUUCAGAAACAACUACGUGUUUUGAACCUCCAGACGCCUCUCUCACAGCGUUUAGACUGUAUUGCUAUUUGUAAAAUUAA